AUGUUUCCAAUGUGUGUUGAAACUGUGUAUGGCCCCAUUAAGAGAUCCAAUCGUGAUCGACUACUCCGACAUGCUGUGGGAAGGUGUCCGGUAGUCGACCUGAAAAUUGGAGGUGUGAAUGUGUCAUGUCUGCUUGACACCGGGAGCCAAGUCAGUACAAUUUCUGAGCACUUCUUUAAAGAGCUGAAUGUCAAGUGUAAUGCAGUAGAGCUGGACCUGAUGGAGGACGGAACAAACUACCAGGACUUGCUGCAUGAGAUGACGGGGCAGAAAACCGUCCCCAACGUCUUCAUCAACAAGAAACACAUCGGAAGCUGUGACAACACCAUGAAGGCACACAAAGAUGGCGACCUGCAGAAGCUGCUGGGUGAAGGCAGUAAGGCGUACGACUGUGAUCUCAUCGUCAUUGGCGGUGGUUCUGGAGGUCUGGCCUGCUCAAAGGAAGCAGCCGCCUUGGGGAAGAAGGUCAUGGUUCUGGAUUAUGUUGUUCCCACACCGAAGGGCACAACCUGGGGUCUAGGAGGCACGUGUGUGAACGUGGGCUGUAUUCCUAAGAAACUGAUGCAUCAAACGGCUCUGCUGGGCACCGCCGUGGAGGACGCACGCAAGUUCGGCUGGGAAUUCUCUGAUCAGGUGACUCACAACUGGGAGACGAUGAGGACCGCGGUGAAUAACUACAUCGGUUCACUGAACUGGGGCUACAGAGUUUCCCUACGAGACAAAAACGUCAAUUACGUCAACGCUUACGCUGAGUUUGUGGAGCCGCACAAGAUCAAGGCCACAAACAAGCGUGGGAAAGAGAUGUUCUACACUGCCGCUAAGUUUGUUCUGGCGACGGGAGAGAGGCCUCGUCAUCUGGGCAUCCCUGGAGACAAAGAGUACUGCAUCACCAGUGAUGACCUGUUCUCAUUGCCCUACUGUCCCAGGAAGACUCUUGUCGUCGGGGCGUCGUAUGUGGCUCUGGAGUGCGGGGGGUUUCUGGCCGGUUUGGGGCUGGAUGUGACCGUCAUGGUUCGCUCCAUUCUGCUGCGAGGAUUCGAUCAGGACAUGGCCAACCGUGCGGGAGAUCACAUGGAGACACACGGGGUCAAAUUCCUCAGGAAGUUUGUUCCUACCAAGAUCGAGCAGCUAGAAGCUGGAACUCCAGGCCGACUUAAAGUGACAGCCAAAUCAACCGAGAGUGAUGAAAUCAUUGAAGGGGAAUACAACACUAAUUGGUGAAA